GGUUACAUUUGCUUGGUGAUUUGCUGGCUGGUAUGACAGAGAAAUUAGGAGCUGUUCAGGAAUAUCCUUGUUAAUACUAUUUUUCAAACUCUUGAAGAUAUAUUGAAGUGGAAAGUAGAUUAAUUCUGAUGAUUCACCAUGAUUGGAUAUCGCUCAUUGGGUUGUCCUGUCCUGCGGGAAUGACAGUUAAAGAGAAGAAUUGUUUUUGCAGAAUUAUUGGUAGAGUUAAGGAAAAUGAACUUUGCUUUAAACAGUCAGCUUUCUACCUUUGGCUUUGAUAUUGGAGCUAAAUAAUCAUCAGAGAUAUCUGGCAGACAUGUGGCAGUUUGAACUGAAUUGACAUUGAAAUGUUUUUUAAGCAUGCUUGAAGAUAUUGAAUUAUUCUGACUUCAGAAUGAAAGUUGAUUCAGACCACUUCAAGUAUUAUGAAAGUUUGAUAAAAAAUAAUUCAGUGGGAGUACAAAUUGCUCCAAACAGAUUUCUUUCAGUACAUUCAAUUGAGAGAUUGUUCAAGAUAAAACAAAUUAAGUGAAUGAACUGUGUUCAGGACAUGAAGUAGCAAUGAAUUUCCGCCAUGUUACCGUUGACCCUGAGCGUCAUGUUAGCGCUGUGAAUGUAGCUCCAUUCAGUGAACUACGCCCAGUGGAGAAUGACGCUGUCAACUCUAAGCUGCCUCAUAUCAUGACCAACAUCACCAUGUAUCCGUACAGCUUUGAGGACAUCUCCUGUCUGGCGGAGUCCCAGUCUCUUAGUGAAGUGGCUCUGGAUGGAAACCCUUUCUCUGGAGACCCUCACUACAAGACUAUCAUGCUGCGACACCUGGGACUGCUCAAACAGCUGGACUUGAAGAGAGUCACGGAGGAAGAGAGAAGGGUGGCAGCUUUAAUGUAUAAAAAGGAGGAGGACAAGAGAAGAAACAGCAACAAGGAAGCUUUAGUAAAGGAGAAGCGUCGUCUGGCCAUCAAUAAUGCCAAGCGUCAGUGGGAAGUGAUGCAGGGCUCGCUGAUGCACAGAACCAAUCGUCUGGUGAAGAUGCCAGAGUUAUACGCCACACACGUCGGUAGUUACUCACACUCUGACCUCCCUGCGCUAGGAAGGGACAACCCUAGCCAAACACCAGACAGCAUGAGGGAAGAUUCAGACUCCGUGAUGAGCCCGGUACGCCCUAGCAGUGCGAGAGCCUUCAUUCAGGUGGAGGGAGGACGUAAUAAAUUUUGGGACAUGAAACAAAACUGUUUCAUGACCACGGGACUUCGCAAUGACCGCAGUCGACCAACAAGUGCUCACAGCAUACAAAAUGGCGGCACGUCUUCAGACAUCAACAGAGAGAGGAAGAAGGAGCGUCCAACCACAGCUAACAGACUGAGCUCUAGGUCUUCUUCCAAAAGUUCUAUGAACAGAAAUGCCUCCCCAGAAAAAGAAACCAUCACAUAUAGUACUGAUCCCAGUCUGGGGACAUGUCACCUGGCAGAGCUGGAGGGGGACACUCUCAGUCUGUAUGGGGUGGGAUCCCUGGAGGCUCUGGACAGGAACUGGGGGAUCCAAGCCGCGGGGAACAUCACCACCAUUGCCUUCCAGUUCAUGGACUUCACGGAGCUGGUGAAACAUCUGGGGAAAAUACGGGCAAGGUUUCCCAGUGUGCAGACUCUUAUAUUCCAAGCUACCAAUAUUGAAAGUUUUCAUCAACUCAAUGCCCUCUCCAGUGUGCGGAGGCUGGAUAAUCUAGUCAUUGACCCGGAGGGCAAUCCCGUCACCCAGCUCAGCCUCUGGAAGCUGUAUACAGUGUUCAGGCUGGCCCACUUCUCACUCAAGAAAAUAAACAAUGUGGAGGUGACAUCAGCAGAUAUCUUAAAUGCAGAGAAGUUUUUUGGUCCUUUGUCCCACAUCACCACCUCCCAGCUGUCCCAGUCCAGACUGUUAACAUUACUGGGAGAAAACAGGAAAAAACAGUUACUUUCUUUGUCAGAGGAAAAGUCCAGGAAAUCUCCUGAUGGCAAACUAGCUGAACACAAGAGUGCUAUAGAAUCUAUAGGCAGGGCUGGACUAGUCUAUCCACCACUAGAAGAACAAGUCAAGAAAGGAGAGGAGCAGAAAUCAAAACUAGACUUUGCCCAGAAAUUUGUCCGUCAGAUCUCCAGGGAGGCGGUGGUGGUGGACAGAAAGCUGACCACUCUGUACCAGGUCUGGCCACAGAUCAUGGUCAGUUUGAUACAGUCUGCUGUGAUGGACAUGGCCGAUAGGAAAACAUACAUGAAAAAAUGCAUGGAAGACCUAGAGAAAGGUUGAAAAUGUGGGCUUAAAAGUCAUUUAAGUCUGGAUACCUGCUAUUUAUGCCCAGGGCACCUCGCUGCCUUCUCAUGACAUCACAGACUUACACCACAGAAGAUGGAGGAGGUUAGGGGAUUAAAUUGAAGAAUUAAGUGGCACUUACUCUUAGUCUUAGUCAAUCUCAACAUUUGUAACUAGAUUGGCAAAUAAUGACUUCUGAUUUAUUUUUCCAUUGUUAUUUUUCAAUGGAACUUAUUCAAGUUUGAUAUCCCUUUCAGGGGUUGCCAAUUUCUCUGGGAUGAUUUUUCCAAGAGAAUUUUUGUUGCCACCAAGUGGUAGAGAUAGAAAAUAGCCACAGGGUUAAAGCAAAGGAACCAGUGGUUCUGACAUGGCAGUGUGUGCUUGCUUUUUUAUCAUUUAUAAAAGCUGACUCGUUAUAGCGUCUAGUCAGACAUUUCUCUGUGUACGUACAUUCCAAGUUCACAUUGCAUGUGGCAGUUGUUUUAAAAUGUUACUAGGUGAUGUAAUGGUGUUACUAGGUGAUGUAAAGGAGCAGUGCAUGAACAACAUAGAUGUAGCCAUUACUAGAAGUGAUGAAGGAUUGUGAUUUUGCAUCUGUGAUUUCUUAAAACUCAUUUCAUUCAAACAGGGCUUUUUGUAUGUAAAAAGAAAAUGUAUUUGCUACACAAAUGGCACUGUUGUAAUAAAACUUUCAGUUUA